GUUGCUUCCUCGGCUGUCCAACAGCUGUUAGUUGUGGGAAGCGCUACCGUCGUGGCACUUGUCAGUAUUUGUCAUCAGUUUUAAGGCUCAAAUAGUUUUUAUUCAUUUGCAUAUGGUAGCAAACGAACGCUGGUACUCUGUAAUCACUAUUUAGAGGGAAUGAAGAAGCUCAAAAGAAAGAAACAAAACCCAGUAGUGGAUAGCAAUGGAUAUGUCACAAGAGCACCAGCCUGUGGGAGGAAGCAGAAGCUUGCUGAGAUCCAGCAGGCUUUAUUCAGUGAUCCAGUAGACAUUGAGACCCUAAGGCGAGCAGCAACCACUAACGGAGGACUACUCACAGAUGAACUGAGGAGAAAGGUCUGGCCCAAGCUACUGAACAUCAAUGUGUACAGUCUACCACGCAAACCUGGCCAAGAUGUGAGGGAGAACCACAAAGACUACAACCAGGUGGUCCUGGAUGUCAGGAGGUGCAUGAAGCGCUUCCCUAAAGGUAUGCCAGCCUCAGAAAGGGCAAUGCUACAGGAGCGGCUCAUUGACAUCAUACUUGAGGUUUUGAAACGCAACCCUCAGCUCCACUACUAUCAGGGCUACCAUGACGUGGCCGUCAGCCUGCUGCUGGUGGUCGGGGAGCGAAUGGCCAUUGCCAUGCUGGACACACUGUCCAUUUAUCAUCUCAGGGAUUUCAUGGAUCCCACCAUGGACAGCACCAAACACAUUCUGAACUACCUGAUGCCUAUACUGGGGAAAGCAGAUGCGGAACUACAUGAGUUUAUGAUCAGAGCGGAGGUGGGUACCAUCUUUGCAUUGUCCUGGCUCAUCACCUGGUACAGCCACGUCCUGUCAGACUUCAAACACACCCUGCGACUCUACGACUUCUUCCUGGCCUCGCAUCCACUGAUGCCCAUCUACCUCGCUGCUACGAUUGUGUUGCACAGAGAGAAGGAGGUGAAGCAGACAGAAUGUGACAUGGCCAUGGUCCACCACCUCCUCUCCCGCAUCCCUCAGGACCUCCCAUAUGAACUCCUGAUUGGCCGGUCCCAGGACCUGUUCAACCAGUGUCCUCCAUCAUUACUGGCCAAGCAGGCAGCGCUGCAGUCUCACAAGAGUCUGUCCAUCAGCACCUUUCAGGCCUUUCAGCUCUCCACCCUUCACCAGAGGCCCGACUCCGUCCUCCAGCGUCUCAGCAGGGCCCAGGGCUCCACCACCUCCAGACAAGCCACCCGGCACCCGGGUCCGGGAGCAGCGGCGCCCGACGAGGACAGACUCCAGCUGUUAGCGAAUGGGAACCGGCUCGUGAAGAUGGCGGUUUGGGGGCUGUCCGCCACGCUGGGCGCCGCCGUGUUCGCCGUGGCUCAGACGGCGAUGGAGUGGGGACCGGAGAUGUUGUUGCAACUGUUCUGAGGUGGCGGAGACACAUUCGCCUUCACGGCGCUGCUGCUGCUGCUGCUGCUGCUCAGCCAUUCGCGGAUGCAGGUCCUCUCACGCUUUGGGGCCACUUCUUGGUGCCAAACUGUUGCUGCUCAGUGAGCAUUUGUCAAGCGGUGAUCGGCCUCAGGAUGUGGGUGCAAGCAUGGAUGGACCACUGAUGAAACCUGCAGCCAAAGCAACCAGAGUCCCUGGAUAUACUGUACAUGUGGAAAAUACAGAUGUAUCUCUUGAUCACAACUGACCCCAAUAGACACAAAGACACACAAUGUUAGGUGUGUUCUUUCUUUCUGUGCAGGGACCCGCUGUCACUCCAUCCAUCCAUGCAUGUGAAACACUCAACCUUUCCUACCAUCUUCACGUCUCUCUGUCUGCGCUGCCGUAGUCCUGCUGCUGAUUAGUUUGUUAAUCGCUCUAUUUUAGACUGUCACACUUGCGUCUCUGUGCGUUUGUUGGAUCAGCAGCCGUAUCUGAGAGCCAGAAGUGCCCGUAGCCUUCGCAGUGACACAUGAAUACAAAUUAUUAAAGAGCGAUGUUUUACUGCUGAAAGCUUCUAGUUAUGAACAAGAAGGAGCGAAAUGGGUGGAGGAAUUGUGCCUGUGAGCCUUGUAUUAAUUGCUUUACUCUAGGUGUCAGUGGGUACAGUGCAUUUACAUUAUUACAGCAUGACACACAAAGGAGGAAAAUGCUAACAGAGGGGCCUUCAGAUGCUUGUUGCAGGCACUAUUGAAAUCCGUCCUUGCUUAUUUUUUUACUGUUGGAGCCCUCCUCUAGCUGUCGGGGCCCUCCGCUGCUGAACGGUUACGUGGGGAAGACACCAGUACUUUUUCUUCCCUAAAAUAUUUAGCAGGUUUGUGCCAACAUCCACUCUCAGCAGCACAUGUACCGGGUCCAUCAUGUCUCGUUAGUGUUUCACAGCUGAAAAGGCUGAAAACAAUGAAUUAAAGGAGUUUAUUUAUUUAAAUGUAAUAGAUUGUGUUUCUAUUUUUAUUUACUCCGUGUUCUUUUCUGUCAUGCACGGUGUAGACGUUAUGGACUUUUGGAUUUGGUUCUUUAAAGUGUGCAGCUCAGGUACAAAAAUGCCUUCUAAACAUGGACCCUGUGUGUUGACUCGCAUCAUGUAUUAUUCAUCAGCUUUAAGUACAGUAGCAUGCUCCUUCCUCCGGUGUCUCCUCCUCACACAGCUGUAUGUGCACCAUGCCCUGUUGAAUGUAGCUGCGGAGCAGAUUGAUCCAGCUGUUGCACAAAACUACAUUUUAUAGACCUGUAAGUUCCAGGAAUCUGCACAGCUGUGUUGUUAGCGGGCCUGUCCGUCACUCAGGUGAUGAUGAGUCAGUUUUUCUGGACGGCCGCUGAGUCGGGUGCCUGUAGCUCAGGUGGUCAGCAGGAGGAGGUCACUUUGUUUUCAACCUGAGAUCUACGCAUUAACACCUUAUGUCAAGUUGCUUUGACGAUGUAUGAAAGAGACAAGAAAAAUCUGCUUUAAUCACAAGUCACUUUAUUGUUGGUAGUUCAAGGUUUUUCUUUUUGUUUGGGUGUAAUCUGUGUUUCAUUUGUUUAUCAUGCCUUGUAAUAUACAUAGGUCAAAUUAUUUAUAGUUAUAAUUUUCUUGGCCGUU